AUGGCCGAACCCAUCCGUGGAAAGCGCCCUGAGGCGACUGCUCCGACCCCCCAGAACACGCCUGCCACCAACGCGCCCAUUUCAUCGCACGCUCAGCAGCCUGGUGUGUCGAGCAUCCGAGAAGAUGAUAUGGAGCGCGCCGCUGCGGCCUCCAUCUUUGCCCAGAACCCCCAGCUCGUCCAGAUGAUCCAGGGUCGUCUGGGUUCCCUUGUUGGCCGCUCCUCGGGCUAUGUCGAGUCCCUUCCCGCUACUGUCCGCCGCCGAGUCGAUGGUCUCAAGGGUUUGCAGAAGGAACACUCCAAGCUCGAGGCCGAAUUCCAGCAGGAGGUCCUCGAGCUCGAGAAGAAGUACUUCGGCAAGUUCACGCCCUUGUAUAACCGUCGUGCCGAGAUUGUCAACGGUUCUACUGAGCCUACGGAGGAGGAAGUCAAGGCGGCUGCCGAGGACGACGAAAACAACGACGCGGAAGACGAGGACAAGCCAGAAGCCGAUGCCGCCAAGACCGAGCAGAAGAGCGAGAUGCCAGAGGAUGUCUCCGGUAUUCCAGAGUUCUGGCUGUCAGCCAUGAAGAACCAGGUCUCGUUUGCUGAGAUGAUCACCGACCGUGACGAGGCUGCUCUCAAACAUUUGACCGAUAUCCGAAUGGAGUACUUGGACGUGCCCGGCUUCCGCAUCAUCUUCGAAUUCUCUCCCAACGACUUCUUCUCGAAUAAGACUCUCACCAAGACAUACUACUACCAGAGCGAGAUGGGCUACGGCGGCGACUUCAUCUAUGACCAUGCCGAGGGAGACGCCAUCGACUGGAAGCCAUCUCAGGACCUCACCGUCCGCGUUGAGGCCAAGAAGCAGCGAAACAAGACUACAAAACAGACCCGUAUCGUGAAGAGGACGGUGCCAUGCGAAUCAUUCUUCUUGUUCUUCUCGCCUCCCAAGCCUCCUAAGGAGGAUGAAGAGGAUGACGACGCGGACGUCGCAUCGGACAUUGAGGAGCGUCUUGAGUUUGACUAUCAAUUGGGCGAGGAUAUCAAGGAGAAGCUGAUUCCUCGUGCCAUCGACUGGUUCACUGGCGCAGCUCUUGCCUACGAGGAAAUCGACGAUGAGGAUCUUGGCUCCGACGAUGGUUUUGACGACGUUGAUGAUGACGACGACGAUGACCUCAGCGAGGACGCGGACGAAGAUGAGGAGACUGACGAAGAGGACGGCUCAGGCAAGCCUAGGCAAGAAGCCGCCGAGUGCAAACAGAGCUAA